CGCCGCGGGGCGCGGGAGGGAGCGAUGAGCCCGCCGCCGCCGCUCCUGCUGCUGCCGUGCGCGCUGCUGCUGGCCGCGGGCCGGGCCGCCGCCCAAGAAACCGAGCUGUCAGUCACUGCGGAGUUAGUGCCUACCUCACCGUGGAACAUUUCAAGUGAUCUCGACAAAGAUUCCUACCUGACUCUCGAUGAGCCCAUGAACAACAUCACCACGUCCCUGGGGCAGACGGCGGAGCUGCACUGCAAGGUCUCGGGGAGUCCGCCUCCUUCCAUCCGCUGGUUCAAGAACGAUGCGCCCGUGGUGCAGGAGCCCCGGCGGAUCUCCUUCCGGGCCACCAGCUACGGCUCCCGGCUGCGCAUCCGGAACCUGGACACCACCGACACGGGCUACUUCCAGUGCGUGGCCACCAACGGCAAGAAGGUGGUUUCUACCACCGGAGUCCUGUUCGUCAAGUUUGGUCCCCCUCCCACAGCGAGUCCAGGGUCUUCGGAUGAGUUUGAGGAAGACGGGUUCUGCCAGCCAUACAGAGGCAUUGCUUGCGCGAGGUUCAUCGGCAACCGCACGGUCUACAUGGAGUCUCUGCACAUGCAGGGGGAAAUAGAAAAUCAGAUCACAGCGGCUUUCACCAUGAUUGGCACCUCCAGCCACUUAUCUGACAAGUGUUCCCAGUUCGCCAUCCCCUCCCUGUGCCACUACGCCUUCCCCUACUGUGAUGAAACCUCAGCUGUCCCGAAGCCCCGAGACUUGUGCCGAGACGAAUGUGAAAUCCUGGAGAACGUGCUGUGUCAGACGGAGUACAUAUUCGCGAGAUCUAACCCCAUGAUUCUCAUGAGGCUGAAGCUGCCCAACUGUGAAGACCUCCCGCAGCCAGAGAGCCCGGAGGCCGCACACUGCAUCCGCAUCGGCAUUCCCAUGGCGGAUCCUAUCAACAAAAAUCACAAGUGCUACAACAGCACGGGGGUGGACUACCGCGGCACGGUCAGCGUGACCAGGUCAGGGCGCCAGUGCCAGCCCUGGAAUUCCCAGUACCCCCACACGCACACCUUCACCGCCCUCCGUUUCCCGGAGCUCAGCGGAGGCCACUCCUACUGCCGCAACCCCGGGAACCAGAAGGAAGCCCCCUGGUGCUUCACCUUGGACGAGAACGUCAAGUCUGACCUGUGCGACAUCCCAGCAUGCGACUCGAAAGAUUCCAAGGAGAAGAAUAAGAUGGAAAUCCUGUACAUCCUGGUGCCAAGUGUGGCCAUUCCCCUGGCCAUUGCUUUCCUCUUCUUCUUCAUCUGUGUCUGCCGCAAUAACCAGAAGUCGUCAUCACCGCCGGUGCAGAGGCAGCCGAAACAUGUCAGGGGCCAGAACGUGGAGAUGUCCAUGCUGAACGCAUACAAGCCCAAGAGCAAGGCCAAAGAGCUGCCGCUGUCCGCGGUGCGGUUCAUGGAGGAGCUGGGCGAGUGCGCGCUGGGGAAGAUCUACAAGGGCCACCUCUACCUCCCGGGCAUGGACCACGCCCAGCUGGUGGCCAUCAAGACCCUGAGGGACUGCGGCAGCCCCCAGCAGUGGGCCGAGUUCCAGCAGGAGGCCUCGCUGCUGGCCGAGCUGCACCACCCCAACGUUGCGUGUCUGCUGGGCGCCGUCACGCAGGAGCAGCCGGCCUGCAUGCUCUUCGAGUUCCUGAACCAGGGCGACCUGCGCGAGUUCCUCAUCAUGCGCUCCCCGCACUCGGACGUGGGCUGCAGCAGCGACGAGGACGGCACGGUGAAGUCCAGCCUGGACCAUGCGGACUUCCUGCACAUCGCCGUGCAGAUCGCCGCGGGCAUGGAGUACCUGUCCAGCCACUUCUUCGUGCACAAGGACCUGGCCGCCCGCAACGUCCUCAUGGGGGAGCAGCUGCACGUCAAGAUCUCGGACCUCGGGCUCUCUCGCGAGAUCUACUCCGCGGACUACUUCCGCGUGCAGAGCAAGUCUCUGUUGCCCAUCCGCUGGAUGCCCCCCGAGGCUAUCGUGUAUGGCAAGUUCUCCUCCGACUCCGACAUCUGGUCCUUCGGGGUGGUCUUGUGGGAGAUUUUCAGCUUCGGACUCCAGCCCUACUACGGGUUCAGCAACCAGGAAGUGAUCGAGAUGGUGCGGAAGCGGCAGCUGCUGCCGUGCUCCGAGGACUGCCCGCCCCGGAUGUACAGCCUUAUGACCGAGUGCUGGCACGAGGUGCCCUCCCGGAGGCCCAGGUUCAAGGACAUCCACGUCCGCCUGCGCUCCUGGGAGGGGCUGUCCAGCCAUACCAGCUCCACCACGCCCUCGGGGGGCAACGCCACUACGCAGACCACGUCCCUGAGCGCCAGCCCGGUGAGCAACCUCAGCAACCCCAGGUUCCCCAGCUACAUGUUCCCGAGCCAGGGCCUCCCCGCGCAGGGCCAGAUCGCCGGCUUCAUCGGCCCUCCAAUACCUCAGAGCCAGCGCUUCAUCCCCAUCAACGGAUAUCCGAUACCUCCGGGCUACGCAGCCUUUCCGGCCGCCCACUACCAGCCCACGGCUCCCCCCAGGGUGAUGCAGCAUUGCCCCCCUCCCAAGAGCCGCUCCCCAAGCAGCGCCAGCGGCUCCACCAGCACCGGCCACGUGACCAGUCUGCCCUCCUCGGGGUCCAAUCAGGAAGCCAACAUCCCUCUCCUGCCGCACCUGUCCCUCCCUAGCCACCCCGGCGGGAUGGGCCUCGCGGUGUUCGGCAACAAGGCCCAAAAGCCCUACAAAAUAGACUCCAAGCAGCCAUCUCUGCUCGGAGACGCCAAUAUUCACGGGCACAGCGAGUCCAUGAUUUCCGCCGAACUGUAACACAUGCGACUUCUGUAAAUGUGGUAUGCGGGACAAGCUAGGAAGCUGUAGAAGAGAUUUAUAUUCAAAUGUUUUUAUUGAGUAAGGCUCUCAUUUAGCAGACAUUGCAACAAGUAUCUUCUGUGAAGUUUAGCUGUGUCUUACCCAGUGGGACAGGCACCAGCCAGGAAGACACCAGGGACCCACGCUCCCGGUGUGCUGUGGCGUGGGCUUGGAGCACGGUUGCCUGUCUGAAAACUGAACCAGCUAAGAGGAGAACCCUGUGAGGAGGCAUCGAACCUAAAAGGAACGUCCACGAGGCUGUGUCUGCCUUGCCACGCCUGUUCCCUCCCGGAAUGUAUAUACCGUAGCACUGUCUACCUGCUGUCCCUUCUUCAGGACACAUGUUCGGAGCGAUGCUGAUUCGAUUUAAACUCUGUGCAUGUCUGUAUGGAAGCAACGAGAAGAUGGUAACCAAGUUGGAAAUCUGGGAUGGAAAUGAGCCAUAGCACAAGUGUCCCGUGCCCUGGAGCGCCUCCAUAUGGGGCUUUCUGCGGGUGCAGUGUGUGCCUCUUUGAAGUCCUCCUCUUCUGAUCACGAUGCCUCUCCCACAGUGUCCCUUGUCACUGUGUUUACAUAAGCUCUCCAAUAACACAGGGCACAGGACCCGACCCAGGCUGGAGGUGGCUGCUAGAAUUGAUUCUUGAUCCACUGUUCACGUUGCUGAGGCAGCAGAGGAGGCACGGUCAGGAAACAGGUCCCUCAGCCUAGGUCAGCACCCCUGGGGCCGGAACAAGGUUCCCUAGGGGACUCCGCGGUGCCUGCCCAGAGCAGUAACAUUUGUGAGGUAGAGGUGUGGCUGCGGACAAGAGCAGCAUGUCCUGCAGCCGCGGUGGCAAGUGCUGAGUGUCAGGUGGCAUCAUCACUGUCCCCAGACAGUGGGAUGCCCAACGAGGACACCAAUGACCAGGAAACAGUCUCUCACUUUUUUUUUCUGUGUAGAAAUGUUCACAGAUUUUAUUCCAGCCCCAAGAUUUAUUUGUAGUUAGUUGUCCAAAGACAGUAUACCCUAUUUUGCAAAACAUUACAGUCUUUCUACCAAACAAUACCUGGGUUCUCAUUUCAAAGGCUAUGAAAAACUGAAUUCUUUAAAUGGUAAACAAGCAACAUGAUCCUUUCCGCCUUUGCUGGAGGAAGGUAUCAAGUGUGCCUCUCCUGGCAUCUACUUGGCACCUUCGUGGGCCAAGUUUAGAAUUCUUAUGGCCUCCAAGUUCUAUAGAAAGGAAUUUCAUAUUUGAUUUCUGGCCUGUUGAAAACUAACAACUCCUUUAGCCUAUGAACAAUGUCUCCUGGUCUCGUUUUUAUUUUAAAGCUGUAAGAGACAAAGAGGAUGCAAAGUAAUUCCUGGAUAUGGUAUCUAGUGAGCAGAGUAUAAGAUAAUUUGAAACACUUUCAUGUUUCCAGUUUUUAAAAAUACAAUUAAGUGCAAAAAAAAUCAAGGCAGUCUGUUUACCAAAAUGUGUUGCAACUUUCCCAAGCCUGCGUCUUCAAACAGCAAACAUGAACUUAUAGGUACUGUGAACUCAAAAGAAUUGGCUGCCUUCAGAUUUACUGGGAGAUACAUUGAUCGUACCUUUGUGGCAUGAAUAAGCUGAGUCAGACGUUACAUUUCUUAACUUUAGUAAAGGAGAAUAUUUGAGUCCUUUUGUUGCUAUGCAACUGUUUAAUGAUGAAGCUUCAAACCACAAUUUUAUCAUAUGACAAUCAAUUUUUUUCCAAGAGUAUUUAUUAUUUUAAGUAAAUACAACUUCAGUGAAUCUGAGUUUUUCUAUAAGUCCCUUAAAGGGAAAUUAGCAUUCCGUGAGCCAGUAAAAUACUUCUCUGAAAAAACAUUCUCAUGGUUAAAAAAUAAAUUCAAGUUAGUUUUUAAAUAAAGAACUAUAACUUUUUGAAGCAGUUUGUAAUAACUGAAAUCAUUACAGUAAGCAGGCUAAAUUUCAAAACCACUUGUAAUAAUGUGUUUUCUAAGAGCACUGUGAUAUUGCAAAACACAGUCCCUUUGUAUUAAAUAGUAUUUUUUUUCACAGACUGAAAAAAUAUCUUUUGCCUUGUUGACAAUGUUUUGUAAGAUGACUUUAUUUUUCAGAUUCUUUUUUUGCACAAAACUAUGUUUAUGGUUUGUAUCACAGAAAUGAAAAUAUAUCUGCAUUUUUAUA